AUGACCACACAGUCAGAGGACCAUCUCUCCUGUCCCAUCUGCCAUGACAUCUUUAAAGAUCCUGUUAUCUUGUCAUGCAGCCACAGCUUUUGUAAAGCCUGUCUGCAGAGAUGGUGGCUUGACAAACCAAUAAAGCAAUGUCCGGUUUGUAAGAUGAUAUCUUUACAGAGUAAUCCACCCCGUAACCUGGCUUUGAAGAACCUAUGUGAAGCGUAUUUACAGAACACAGAUCAGAGAGCUUCAAGAGGUUCCCAGACACUUUGCACUGUGCAUUCUGAGAAUCUCAGGCUCUUCUGUCUGGACCAUCAGGAGCCAGCGUGUGUUGUCUGUCGAGAUUCAGCAGUGCACGUCAACCACAGAUUCAGCCCCAUCAAUGAAGCUGCGCACACUCACAAACAGGAGCUCCAGGAAUGUCUGAAGCCUUUAAAGGAGAAACUGAAGCUCUAUGAGGAAGUUAAAGGGAAAUGUGUUCAAACUGCAGAACACAUUAGGGUUCAGACCCAGGAGACAGAAAAGCAGAUUAAGCAGCAGUUUACGAAGCUUCGCCAGUUUCUACAAAACGAAGAGGAUGCCAGGAUUGCUGCUCUAAAAGAUGAAGAGAAGCAAAAGAGUCAAAAGAUGAAGGUAAAGAUUGAAACUCUGAGCAGAAAGAUUGCAGAUCUUUCAGGCACAAUCAGAGCCACAGAGAGGGAGGUGACAGCUGAAGACAUCUCUUUCCUACACAACUACAAAGCUGCAGUGAAAAGAGUCCAGCAGCUAUCUGUGCUUGAUGUUCCUCAAAUGGUUUCAGGUGCUCUGAUUGAUGUUGCUGAACACCUGGGCAACUUGUCCUUCAACAUCUGGAGCAACAUGAAGGACAUUAUUUCAUAUACUCCUGUGAUUUUGGAUCCAAACACUGCUCAUCCAGAUCUCAUCUUAUCUGAAAAUCUAACCAGUGUGAGACGUGCAAGGAAACAGAAGGUUCCCGAAAACCCUGAAAGGAUUUAUCUCUAUCCUUCCGUCCUCGGCUCUGAGGGCUUCAACUCAGAUAUUCACAGCUGGGAUGCUGAAGUUGGAGACAGUCCAGUCUGGGCACUAGGAGUCUUUUCGAGAUCUGCCAACAGUGAAGACAAAAAAUGUAACUUAUUAAAACUUGUUUUCUGUGAUGGUGAGUACACAGCAAACUCCAGUGACGCCCCCCCAACUGUUCUCUCAAUAAGAAAGAGAUUUCAGAGGAUCAGAGUUCAUCUGGACUGGGACAAAGGAAAACUGUCAUUCUCUGAUCCUGAUACUGACACACACAUACACACCUUCAGACACACUUUUACUGAGACACAGUUCCCAUAUUUUAACUCAGUGAAUCCACACCCUCUAAAGAUAUCACAACGUCCUCUCCAUGUAGUUAUGUAA